AUGACUAUUAAGUUGGUGGUGGGUGAGGGUACUUUGAAUGUCGUUAGCGCGUACGCACCACAAGCAGGCUUGGAUGAGGAUAUUAAAAGGCAAUUUUGGGAGGGGUUGGAUGAGAUUGUUCGUAGUAUACCGCCUUCUGAGAGGUUAUUCAUAGGAGGAGAUUUCAAUGGUCAUAUUGGGUUAUCUGCAGGUGGGUACACUGAGGUGCAUGGCGGAUUUGGUUUCGGAGAGCGGAACGGAGGGGGCAUUGCGCUGUUGGACUUUGCCAAGGCUUUCGAUCUAGUCAUUGCAAACUCGAGUUUUAUGAAGCGGGAUGAACAUUUGGUUACUUACCAAAGUAGAAAUGCCGAGCAAAUGGGCUCUGAGCCCCUAAGGCCCAAAAUCAUGCCAUUGCACAUGUUGCAGGCACAGGCCUUUAGAGCGCUAGGCAUCGGGUAUAAGAAAUCUGGGCUACCUGCUAGUACGCCAGGCCCAAAACUGGCCCAGUAUGAGGCUGUUGAUUGUACAAUUCCG